CAAAUCUAUAUUCAUAUGUAUUAGGCAAAAUAUAUUUUUAUAAUUAUUUACAUACAUGCCAUAAAGCAAAUUAAAAAAUAAAAUUGCUAGUGUUCCAAGGCAGUUAAGAUGCCUAAGAAUAAACAAAACGUCCAAGAACAACCUAGAUCGAAACUGGACAACCUUACAUCUAAGUCCGAUCAAAAUGUUAAGCUUUUGAAAGAUGUUAACCCCGAGUCUCAAAAAAAAGCGGGUUCACGCAUUCGACGAAAUAUGGAGCGAGUAGAGAUGCUUGCCCGACCGACUGCUCGACGUUUGCGUUCACUGUGGGAUGAGAAAUGUGCUAUACUACCACGUGACAGAAGGGAUAAAAUUAAAAGCGCACUUGAAGAGGAUUACUUCCUUAGUCCAGAACAAACAGAGCAAUAUUUUCAAGCACUGAACGAGUCGUCCAAAAUAUGGUCCGGUCCCGGCGGGAUGGUUAAUCGGAAGGAGAACGUGGAGAGGUCCCGGGAGCUGCGACAGAGGCAGAAAUGGCUCAUUGAUUUUAGUGCACAGGUGGCGUACCGUCUCUGCGAUUAUAUCGCUAAAGGACAAAAGGAAAUGUUGGUUUCGAAUAGAUUGAGAAGUAUUGCAGAUGUUGUGUUAGAAAGGGUGGCCGAAAUAUUAGGAGAACCAAAACCAUCCCGUACACAUCCUGGUCGUCUCCCUCGCUUCAUGGUCGCAAUAUCUGACCGUAUCGCUGUUUGGAUUGAGAACGCGGUGUAUCGUGCUGAUGCAGUAGAGCCUUUCGAGUCUGGUGCGGAUGAGCACAUGCGUCUUGAUUCGGAAAAACCACUUAUCUCUUAAUUA